AUGGUUUCGAUUAUAGCAGUAGUAAAGAGUUCCCUGACAAGGAUACCCCCAGCCUUCCUCUGGGACAGCCUUCCCCAGCUGCCCACCGCCCACCCGGUCCCGCUGCCACCCCGAAGAGCUCCCUGCGCCACAGCCACGCCGCCCCUGACUUAUCAGGGCCAGACUGGCCGUCAUCUUGCUGCCAAGGUGUCUGCCUUCCCAAGGCCGCAUCCCCCUCUCCUCAGGGGAAGAGGCCCUGCGGCCACCCGGUGCCACAGAUUUUGCCACAAGCGGGAGCGUGAGGAAGAGGUGGCAGCUGCCAGCAAAAAGGAGUGUGACUCUAAAUCUCAUCUUCUAGCCUGGGAAGUUGAGGAUGAUUAUUUCAGAAACUGGAAUCCAAACAAGCCUUUUGAUCAAGCCCUUGAUCCCUCCAAAGAUCCAUGCCUGAAGGUGAAGUGCAGCCCACAUAAGGUGUGCGUCACUCAUGACUAUGAAACUGCCAUUUGUAUAAGCCGCAAGCAGCUGGUACACAGCCUUCGACAAAAGAAAGGAAAUCUGGCUCAGAAGCACUGGACUGGAGCAGCUAACAUGGUAAAGUGCAAGCCAUGCCCCGUGACGCACGCCAGCGCUGUCUGCGGUUCUGAUGGACAUACGUACACUACCAAGUGCAAGUUGGAGUUUCAUGCGUGUACUUCCGGCAAAGCCAUCACAGCCCAAUGUGAAGGGCCCUGCCCCUGCCUUCCAGGACCUGAAAAUCCAAAACACAAGACGGAGAAGGCUGCUUGCACAGACAAGGAAUUGAGGAGUCUCGCUUCGCGACUAAAAGACUGGUUCGGCGCUCUGCACGAGGAUGCAAAUCGCGUCAUCAAACCAACCAGCUCGGAGACAGCACAAGGCAGGUUUGACACCAGCAUACUACCAAUCUGUAAAGAUUCCUUAGGUUGGAUGUUCAACAAACUUGACAUGAACUACGACCUACUGCUGGAUCCCUCGGAGAUCAGCGCCAUUUAUCUCGAUAAGUAUGAGCCAUGCGUCAAGCCUCUCUUCAACUCUUGUGACUCCUUCAAAGAUGGAAAGCUUUCCAACAAUGAGUGGUGCUACUGCUUUCAGAAGCCGAGCGGUCUUCCUUGCCAGAUUGAAAUGAAUAGAAUUCAAAAGCUAAGUAGAGGGAAGAGUCUGUUGGGUGCUUUCAUUCCACGCUGCAACGAAGAAGGUUAUUACAAAGCAACUCAGUGCCAUGGCAGUACAGGGCAGUGCUGGUGCGUUGAUAAGUACGGGAAUGAGAUAGCCGGCUCCAGAAAACAAGGGACGGUUAGUUGCGAAGAAGAGCAAGAAACCUCAGGAGAUUUUGGCAGUGGUGGAUCGGUUGUAUUGUUGGAUGAUUUGGAAGAGGAACCUGAAGCAGCAAAAAAGGACAAAGAAGGGAAACUGAAGAUUCACGUAAGAGCAGCUAAUGAAGACGAUGAGGAUGAAGAUGAUGAUAAGGAUGAUGAAAUUGGUUAUAUAUGGUAGUGCCCAUCAUUCUGAGGACUCACGUUUUGCACAAUAUUGCAAGUCACAUCAUAUCUCUGCAAUUGUAUCUGAGAGUACCUGGCACAAAUAUUCCCUCUCUACUCAGUUUGGUUUGGUAUAGCGUAUUUAAUUUUGAAGACAGCUUUUUUUUUUUUUUUCUCCAACCAAGACUGUUUGGAAUACAGCUUUUGUUCAGUUGCUUUGGGGGAUUUUUGCUCUAUCCACAGGGGCAAAGAGUUUUGUUUCAAAAACAUUUCAUGUCUUAAUCCUCACUUGCUCAGCUCAUACCCUGCGAAGGACGAAUCACAGAAGGGGCUCAGCAAACCAGUAGGAGGCUUAGGAGCCCUUCCCAUGCUAUCAGCCUUAGAGAAUUUGUAUCAUAAAACGUUACCUGGAUCAUAUCGGAAACAGUUUUUUCUUUCAUGAAGAAGGAAAAGCAGGUGCCUCAUUUUGUAGUCUGUAUCUGUUGCCUGUUAGUAAAGAGUGAAAGUUAGAAGUUUAAACUGGAAAGGAGCCCACUUACGGGGUUUUUUUUCUUACAUUCCCUGAAAAUGAGUCCAACAGGCCUAGUCCAGCCAUCACGGCAGGUGAUGGCAAGACUGCCGCGAGGGGCCGGAGCGCAGGGCAC